AUGGACGGCGGCCGGGGAUGGCGAAAGGGCACCUCGUCGCUCUGGGUGUGGACGGUUGCGUUUUGGGGUGUUUCAUGCCUUCCUACCACGGCCGUGUUGGCCCCGCACCACCUCGGGCGGGACUUCAUCGUGGCCUUCAUGCAGAAUGGCUUGCAGCAGACCCUCAACAGUGACUUCAAGCUGCUCCUCACGGCCUACUCGCCCUCCACGUCCAUCACCAUCUCCAUGAAGAAGCCCAGGCUGCGCAUGACGGUGCAGGCGACGACGGGGCAGACUGUCGCAGUGAAGAUCCCACCGCAGGCAGAGAUGGUCGGCAGCAAAGCUUUCGAUAACACCGUGCUGGUGCAGGCCACCAACGAUAUCUCGGUGCUCAUGGUCAACGAGAAGCCCGCUUCGGGCGACUCGGCAGUGGUGUACCCUGUGCACAGCUUGGGCACUGAGUACUACGUCGUCACGCCCAACGUGGGCACUGACCGCUACGGCGAGUUCGUCAUUGCGGCCUGGGACAAGCCCACCACCGUUGACGUGCACCUCAAAGCCUCCGUGACCUACCAAGGACGGACUUACCCACGAGGCUCCGUGUUGCCCCUCCAUCUGGAGGCCUUCCAAGCAGCCCAGUUCCAAAGCCCCUCCGACAUGUCCGGCACGAGGAUCGUGGCGCAGAAACCCGUGGCCGUCUACGUUGGCCACACCUGCUUGGCGAGGUUCACCCAGUGUGACCACCUGGCGGAGCAGCUCCAGCCUGUCUCCAGCUGGGGCAGCACAUUCAUCGUGCCACCCUUGCCUUUCGAGGCACAGUCUGACAUCGUCUACGUCUCCACUGCCCAGGCGACUCGCAUGGAGUCACAACAUGGGACAACCAGGACCAUCCGGGAGCUGCGGCCUGCCCGAUCUGCGCUUUAUGGACUUCAAGCUCCAAAUAGCUUGUACCUCUCCGCUAACGCCGGCGUCCAAGUCAUCUUCUUCGCUGAUGGAGGCCACAAGGAUACUCUGCCUUAUGAGCCGUUCUUCAUGACCAUCCCGGAUGUCUCCAGCUACUGCCACUCCUAUGUCAUCUUCUCCCAGGACCAUUACGAGAACUACGCCGUGAUGAUAGCCAAGACAGCGGAGACGGCCUCGAUUAUGCUCAACAAGAGCCCGCUGAGAAACGUGGUGUGGAAGCCAGUGCCAGGGACGGAUUAUGCCUGGGCCGGGCACCACCUGGGCAGGCGCUUUGCGGUCCAUAUGGUGGAGAGCGAGGCUUCGCCCUUCGGGCUGCUCAGUGUAGGGAUCGGCGAGCAGAAGGCGUACGGCUCGGCGGCAAUCUGCGACAGCGAUCCCUGCCGAGGAGUGCAAUGCCGCGCCAAGGAAACGUGCAAAGUGCAGGAUGGGCGGGCCAGCUGCGUGCACGACUACCUGGGGACCUGCCUGGGCUUGCCAGAUCUGCAGUACCGCACCUUUGACGGGGCGACCGUCGCCUUCCAGGCCGACUGUACCUACACCGUGGUCAAAUACUGUGGUAGCGAUCCCGCCCUGGUGCCCUUCGCCAUUGACGAGAGGAAGAGCGAGGGUGGCUCCAAGGGGUGGCUGACCAGCAUCUAUGUCUACGGCUACAACGUCUCCAUCCACAAGGGAGAUGGUGGCAAAGUCCAGGUCAAUGAGCAGCUCACCAGCUUACCCACCAGCCUGGAAGCCGGGAAGAUUGAAAUCUCCCAAAAUGAGGGCCGGACCAUCCUGCAGACAGACUUUGGGCUGCAGGUGACCUACGAUGAAGAUCUGGCCCUGAUGGUGGCACUGCCCAGCAGCUACUUUGGGGUGACCUGCGGCCUCUGUGGGAACUUCAAUGAGGACACGGAUGAUGAGAUGAUGCUUCCCAACGGCACCCAGGCCUCUAGCGUGGAAGAGUGGGUGGACAGCUGGCGAGAUCCCACCUGCUGGGACUACUGCGGCGGGCAAUGUCCCAAAUGUGACCAGGAGCAACGGCAGGUGGUGGGUGACAGCAAUCACUGCGGCAUGAUGGACACCGCCGCAGAGGGGCCCUUUGCAGCGUGUCGUGCUCAGGUGAGCCCUGAGGACUAUGUCACCCGCUGCAUCUUCGAGGUCUGCAGCUCCGGAGGGGACCCGCAGGCCCUGUGCCGGGUGCUGGAGACCUAUGCAGCCGCCUGCAAGGAGCAUGGAGUCAUCGUUCCUGGCUGGAAGGAGCCAGCAGGUUGUGCUCAGAGCUGCCCAGAGAACAGCCACUUCGAAGCAUGUGGCACUGCGUGUCCUGCCACGUGCGCAGCCCCGCAAGCACCUGUGUCCUGCAGCCAGCCAUGCACGGAGAGCUGCCAGUGUGAUGAAGGCUUCCCCGGGCAAGAGUUUUGGGAGGACGGGACCUGCCGGUCCCACUGCAGAUGUGACACUGGCCAGGGCAAGGUGAUCUGCAAGAAGGCCAGCUGCAAGGUCCAUGAGAAGUGCACCAGCGUUGACGGUGUCCACCGCUGCGUGGCCAACAAGUACUCCACUUGCAUAGGGACUGGCGAUCCUCAUUACACCACCUUUGAUGGACUGAGGUACGACUUCCAGGGCACCUGCGUCUACCAGUUUGCUGCCCUCUGCACUGAGGACCCGGCGCUGGUCCCAUUCCGGGUCACAGUGGAGAACAACAACCGCGGCAGCAAAGCAGUGUCCUUCACCAAAACGGUGACGCUCGAGGUCUACGGCAACGUCAUCACCUUGAGCCAGGAGUACCCACGCAAGAUCAAGGUCAACGGUGUCUUCGUGGAGCUCCCAUUCUCCCAGGAAGGCCAAUUCACUAUCUACACCAGUGGCGUCCAUGGCUUCAUCCGCACCAACUUCGACAUGCGGGUGAGCUUCGACUGGUACAGCUACGCGCGGGUCAUCGUGCCCCAAGCCUAUGCCGGUGCCACCUGCGGGCUCUGCGGCAACGCCGACGGCGACCCUGACAACGACUUCAUCACACCGGAUGGGCGCCAACUGGCAGACCCGGUCCAGUUUGCUGACAGCUGGAAGGUGGCCGACGUCCCCGGCUGCUCGGCCGGUUGCGUGGGCGACUGCCCAGUCUGCAACGAGGAGCAGAAGAAACCCUACCAUGGUGACCAGUAUUGCGGGGUGCUCGCCAGGGCCGGCGGGCCCUUCGCUGCCUGCCACGCAGCCGUCAACCCCACGCCCUUCAUCGAGGAUUGCGCCUUCGAUGCCUGCCAGUACAAGGGCCACCGGGACACCUUGUGCAGUGCUAUUGCCGCCUACGUCACGGCUUGCCAAAGCCAGGGCGUCCAGCUCGAGAAGUGGAGGACGCCGGAUUUUUGCAGUCCUGUGUGCCCCCGUAAUUCGCACUACGAGCUUUGCGGGACCGGCUGCCCGGCUACUUGCCGGGGGCCGGGGGCUGCUGAGGGUUGUGACGUGCCAUGUGCUGAAGGUUGCUUCUGCGAUGCUGGCUUUGUGCUGAGCGGGGACGAGUGCGUGGCGGUGGGUGAGUGCGGCUGCGAGCACCGGGGCCGCUACUACAAGCUGGGUGAGGACUUCUACACCGGGAAGUCAUGCCAGGAAAGAUGCAUCUGCCAGCCUGGUGGGGUGGUGGCGUGCCGGGAGACCUCCUGUGGGCCCCAUGAGGAGUGCCGGGUGGAGCGUGGGGCACUGGGGUGCCACGCAGCAGGCUACGGCAGGCUGGUGGUGGCAGGUGACCCUCACCACGUGACCUUCGAUGGGCGUGCUUUCCACCUCCGGGGCUCCUGCGCCUACGUCUUGGUGAGGGUCUGCAAGCCGGACCCCCGGUUGGCCAACUUCUCAGUGCUGCUGGAGAAUCACAUCUCCGGCCAGCCCAAUGUGGUCCUCAUGAAGAAAGUGGUCAUCUCCGUCCAUGGCUACACUGUCACUAUGGAGCGGGGACAGACAUGGGAGGUCACGAUGGAUGGUGAGCGCUACAUGCUGCCACUGGCCACGGGGGACAACAAGCUGCGGAUCAGCCAGGAAGGGUCCAACAUUGUCCUCGACUCUGCCUCGGGUCUCCAGCUCCUCUACAACACGGCCUCCUACCUCCUGGUGACCAUCCCCAGCAGCUAUCAGGGCCGCGUGUGCGGCUUAGGAGGCAACUACAAUGGCGAGAAGGAUGAUGACUUCCGGCUGCCCAAUGGGGCCAUCACGCAGAGCAUGGAGGAGUUUGUGGCCUCCUGGAAGGUUCCCACAGAGGACGGAGCAUGCACAGAUGGCUGUGGCACCAAUUGUCCUGUGUGCGAUGCCACCAACACGGCUCCUUUCCGUGCUGGGGACUCCUGUGGGCUCAUCCAGGACCCGUUGGGACCCUUUGGGACAUGCCACCCUCAAGUGAGCCCCGUCGAAUACUUCAACCACUGCCUCUAUGACAUGUGCGCGGCCAACGGCACCCAGGACACCCUCUGCCAGAGCCUGCAAGCCUACACAGCUGCCUGCCAAGCUGCCGGCGCCAAGAUCGAUGCAUGGAGAACAGCCUCCUUCUGCCCCCUCUCCUGCCCACCAAACAGCCACUAUGAGCUGUGCACCCGCUCGUGCGACUUCACCUGUGCCAGCCCCGGCGCAGCCCCAUGCGGCCGGCGGUGCUUCGGGGGCUGCCAGUGUGACGACGGCUACCUCUUUGAUGGGGCAACCUGUGUCUCUGUGGAGCGCUGUGGCUGUGUGCACAAGGGGCGGUACCUCAAGGCUGCUGAGACCAUCGUCUCCAACAACUGCACCACCCGUUGCACCUGCCACCCAGCCCGGGGCCUCAGGCCUGGGUAA